UGUAGAUGACAUCGGAGAGCGCGCGCGGUGGUCUGCAAAGGGGUGCUGCAGACGACGCAAGUGAAUACCAUACGCCACAAACGUGAGGUGUAUAUGCUGCUGGUGAUGGUUUGCCUGUGUUGCUGAUUUUCUAUAUUUCACUAAAAAUACGCAACUAAUAACAAUACGGAUCCGGAUACCAUUAAGACAAAUUAGUAACAAAUAUCAGAAUCUUGUGGAAUUAAAUCGAAAAGAGAACCAACACCAAGGUGUGUUCAAUUGAAAUGGCAAAUAUAAACAGUGAAAUGCUUUAGCAAAAACGCUAAACUAAAAAAAAAAAAUACAGCAAUGUGGGACCAGAGAAAGUAAAAGUGUCAUAGAGUGAAUGGUGCAUAGUGGUGCAAACAUAUGUUUUAUGGAAUGUCGUUUGAAACGUAUUAAGUGAAUGCUCCAACAAUUGUGCGCUAGCCUAUGCGAAUAUUCUUUUUGUGCGGUCCCUGCAUCCUUCCAAAAGUUUUAAACUUUCACAACAGCGACAGUGAACUGGCAACAUGUAAAUUAUUCGAAAAGCACCAAAAACCAACAAAAAACAAAAACAAAAAAAAAACAAAAAGUGUUCCUUAACAGAAAAAGUACGUGCUUGGCGCAGUUAUGUUAUUCCACAAAGUUGAUACAACAGUCCACACCACCUAACAACAACUAAAACAAAAACGAAACAGCACAAUCGCCCUCCAAAAGAAGAAGAGAAAAAAAGCCCAGAAGAAUAGAAACGAAAAGCACAUACAUACAUACAUACAUCAUUACACACACAACCUAAAAUAAUAUUUGUUCAUAUUUGUUCUUCUCUAAAACAUUCGUUAUUUGGUGGGCAAUUUCUAAAAUUGCAACACCAAAGACCACAAACAGCCAAAAAAUUCCGAAAUCUUCAAAUUCAGCCACUGCUCUACAAAAGCUAAAGGCCAAAGCUACAGGCACUUCGGUUAAACGCCAUAAGAAAUCGAAAACUCAAACCCAAACCACAACAACAACAACAGCAACAUUAACCAACAACGGAUCGUUGGGAUCAGCAUCAUCAUUACCGUCCUUAAAUUUAGCACAGAGUGGCUCCUUUGCUGGAGUCAGUGGCACCGAACACAUUUCUCAGGGCCACGGUUAUAGUUAUCAACAACGCAGUGGCGCCUUUAAAGGUGACUUUGGAUACGGUGGUGCAGGAGGUGCUGGCAGUUUUAAUAGUGCGGCGGCCACCAAUCACACCACCGGCGACGAAAUUGCCCCAACUAUAUCUAAAACAACCCUUUCGCCCAAUUCUCGACGGACAUCCUCGUCGUUACCAUCAUCGUCAUAUCAGCAAUAUAAUCAAAACAGCAACCAUCAUCAUCAACAACAGCAGCAGCAACAACAACAACAACAUCAUACCAAUAGUGCCAAUUUUACAAACUCCAUUGCAAAUAGUUUAUCCCUCAUUCAACCACCUGCUAUGAUGAUGAAACAGAAGACCUCACUGGGCGAACGUUUGAAUAUCGGUGAUGAGGUGCGUGAACUGAAACUUGGAUGUACAUUCAAUUCGAAGAAUACAACGAAUGCAUUUCACACUAUUAAAUAUGAUUUUAAACCUGCUAGUGUGGAUAAAAAUCGUGUUGCAGUAGUAGAUGUUGGCUCAAAUAAUCAAGUUACUGUUACUGUGCCAAAUUUAGUUAGUUCCGGUGUGCCUCAUACCAUUUAUAAGGGAAAUCAAAAGAAAUACGCAAAAGAAUGUAUACUCAUAUACGAUAAAAGAACUGGUGAUAUAACGUUAGAGAAAUUGAAUCACAACAUACAAGUGAAGAAAACGCGUGAAAUGACAAACAAGCCUAGUGUACCUAUUCCUUCGUCGAUGCCAGCUGUUGGGGCGAUAGCUUCAACAGCAGCCACAACAGGACCAGCGCCAAAACUAGAAAACAGUACAAUGAGGAUAACAUCCAAGACAAAAGUCUCCACGGGAAAUAGAAAAAAUACCAUAAUUGAAUUAAAGUCUCGCAAUUCCCCUAUGCAAGGUUCUCCCUCGGCAGGUAUACAUGCCAAUAGAAGUCCACAAUCAGCACCGGCAUGGAAUGCCAAUAAUGGUCAAGCUACCUUGCCUAGUAUACCCAUGAUUGUUGAUGAUGACGAUUCAAUAUUUAGUAUUGGUGGUGGCGGCAGUGGUGGUGGUGCUGGUGCUGGCGGUGGUGGUGGCAUCGGCGGCGGUGGUGGCUUUAAUAAUCUCGCUAAUGUGUCUGCUUCAUCCUCCUCCUCAACAUCCAGCCAUAAUAAUUCUACACAAGAAUUUGAUUUCCAACAAUUGCUACAAAAUGCGCUGUCACCUACGAAACAAUCAAAACAAUCACAUCACAGUAAUCAAAAACGCCACAAUAAUCACCAGCGACAUCAGCAGCAACAACAACAACAACAGCACCAACAACAUCUGCAGCACCAACCGCCACCUCAACAGCAACAGCAAUUGCAUCAGCAACAGCAACAAACGCAUAAUGCAUAUAAUCGUUAUAAUGGCAAUGGCAAUUCCUCUACUUCCUCAUCGUUAUUUAGUAAUAAUCAUAGCAAUAAUCUACAGAAUAGCAAUCAUAAUAAUACUAAUAAUAACAAUAACUAUCAUAAUAAUUAUGAUCUUGCCUCAUCGCCGACAUUGGCCAGUGAAGCAGCGGCUUUGGAACAGAACAUUGCAUCCGAUUUAAGUUCUUCAAGCUCAAGUUCCGAAUCAGAAUCAAGUGGCAGUGAUAGUGGUUCAGAUUCGGAUGAUAGCACCGAAGAUGAUAGACCGACAAGGGCUGCGGCGGCACAAAUGAUGAAUCAAUUGCCCAGCUUGGCACCAAUGACGACAUUAUCUUCGCCGCAAAUGCACUAUGGCCAAACACAAAAUAACCACAAUCAUCUCAAUAGUAACAAUAAUAGUAACCACAAUAACAACAGCAACAGCAACAACAAUAUCAACAGCAGGGGCAAUCACAAUCACAUAGAAACCAACAAUCAAAAUUCAAUUGGUAACUUUGGUUUCAACGAUGGAUUUCCCAAUGAUUUAUUGCAAAAUGAUUUACAAUUGUCAUCGAAUUCAUCCGACGAUGAUUCAGACUAGAGAACUAAAUGUAAAACACUAAACACACACACACACAUGCCCACACACACUCAAGCCCAAACAGACUCACAUACACACCAAAAAAAUACCAAUACACAUAUAUAGCCAAUGGCUUUAAGUUUAGAAAGGAAAUGCAUGCUUACAUGUUUCAACAGCAGAUAUAUCCCUCCAUAUAGAACCCCAAUCACCACCAAACACCAAGACCCCCCCCCCACCAUUAACCCAAAAGAACUCUCACCCCCCCC